AUGUUUUUCCGGAAAAGUUUAAAUAAACAUUAUUGUUGCAGUGCUCACCUUCUGUACAAAAGCAUCAGCAAUCCGCGACUCCUCAAACCUUCCCAUUGCCUGCGCAGGGGAAGACGGACAGAUAUGGCAACCACAACGAUGCCCACCAGGUACAGGAUGUAUGCCUGCCGCUGAUUCCGCUUUCCAUAUUUGCUGUCCAGUUGGUAUUGCUUCUAUAAGCAGGAGAAGAUGAAAAGCUUGAAAAAUUUGAUAGA